UUACUGCGGUUGUACUCUCGCCGCUCUGGUUUGCAUAAGUGGCCGCACGUCAUUGGCCAACGUGUAUGGCGAGUGCACCGGACGCGGCCAUAUGCAGCUGCCUGCGCCCCUGCGCGCCUGAAUCCGUUAAAACGCUUCUGCUCGCGUCGCACGAUGGCCACGUACAACGGCGUGCUAGAUGACCUGGUGAAGUGCCCCUACAACCCUUCCCACAAAGUGAAAAGAGGGAGGCUCAACAUACACAUCACGAAGUGCCGCAGGGAACACACCCGGUGCCGACUUAAGCCUUGCCCUUUCACCACUGAUCACAUGGCGCCCGCGAACGCCAAGGACUACCAGAUGCACCUGGCCAACUGCCCAGACCGGUCAUCUACUUUCUGCACAGCGACAAGGGACGAGCUGGACCCAGCCUUUGACAUUCCGGUACCGGGUGGGGCAAAGGCGUUUGUUCCGGAGCCUGAGGAACAAUGGGACGUGGGCCCGUGUGCCAGCAACAGCAGUGGCCCCAUCAACCCAUCAGACCAGGGCCAUUGACCCCCGGGCCGCUCCAACCCAGCCUGCCAAGGCCAGCCAGUUCUGGGCCGCCCAGCUAGGAUCAGCAUACCCCACCUGCGCCGGGAUCCAUUGUCGACGUGGACGCGCUUGUCAGGAGGCUUAUGGGACUCGUCCGUGCCCGACCUCAGCCAAACUGAGCCCUGUAAAGGCAGUCUUUCAAAUGUCACUGUUCUUCUUCCUCUUUCUUUUUUUUUCAUUUAGCUAGUCACUCUUGCCUUUAUUUUCUUGUUACUGGUUUGUUCAGGCAGACUGAUAAAGAGUGUGGGAUAACAUAAAAGUUUCAAUAAAGUGUUUCUAACCAGAAAUUGUACUAAUUGUUUGUUUAGUUUGACUGCAGGAACCAUAGAGUUAAUUUAACCAACUCUAGAUGAAAACUUGGCCCGAAAAAGUGGGAACCACUAGCCAUAGAGUUUUUUUACAAUAACUCUAUGACGCUAGCAUAACGCUAGUACAGCUAUAGAGUAUGGAUAGCUAGAGCUAUAGUUUCCUACAAAAAUUUUUGUAGGAAACUCUAUGGUUGUCCGGUAGCUCGGUACCAGGCCCUCUCUCUCUUCUCUCCUCCGGAUGGAUGGAUGGAUGGAUGUUAUGAGCGUCCCCUUUGGAACGGGGCGGUGGCUUGCGCCACCAAGCUCUUACUACUAUGCUGCCUAAUAUCCUACCUAUGUUCACCAAUUAAAAAAAAAAAAAAAAAAAAAAAAAACCACUAUGAA